GGCCCGUCCCCCCGGGUGGGUAUUUAGGGCCGGCCCGGUGGCGCCCGGCCCCCCUUGCCCCCCGCCAUGCUGAGGGUGCUGCUGCUCCUGGGGGGCCUGGCCCCCGCCCUGUCCGCUGCAGGUCCCCACUGGACGUAUGAGGAUUAACGAGGCCCUUGGGAAUGUCACCCGCGUCCCGCUUCGGGGGCACCGAGAGCGUUUGGGGUCACGGCGUGAAGAUGGGGGGGGUCCCCAGAGAUUUCGGUGCCCCCCAGGUCCCCACGGGCAGCAGCACUGGCACGAGACACACCCGGAGUGCGGGGGCCGCGCUCAGUCCCCCAUCGAUAUCGCGACAUCGCGGGCACAGCACGACCCAUCCCUGCCGCCGCUGCGGCCCGAGGGCUACGAGCGCCCCGAGAGCCCCCAGCUGACCCUCGCCAACAACGGCCACACCGCGGUGCUGACGCUGCCGCCGUCCCUGCGGCUCCGGGGGCUGCCCCGAACCUUCGCGGCCGUUCAGCUCCACUUCCACUGGGGCCGGCCCGGGAGCGCCGCCGGAGCCGAGCACCUGCUGGACGGGCGCCGUGCCCCCGCCGAGAUGCACGUGGUGCAUUUCGACACCGAGCGUUUCGCCGAUGCCAGCGCGGCUCAGCAGCACCCGGGCGGGCUGGCCGUGCUCGGCGUCCUGCUGGAGCUGGGAGACAACCCCCACCCCGCCUAUGACAACAUCCUGAAGCAUCUCGGCAGCAUCCGCCACGCAGGGCAGACGGUGGCCAUCCCCGCGUUCAGCAUCCGGGAGCUGCUGCCCGAGCAGCUGGAGCGCUACUACCGCUACAACGGCUCCCUGACCACCCCGCCCUGCUCGCAGAGCGUCCUCUGGAACCUCCUCCCGCAGCCCGUGCGCAUCAGCCGCGCCCAGCUGGAGCAGCUCCAGGGAAGCCUUUACUCCACCAAGGAGCAGGAGGAGCCGCAGCCCCUGGUGAACAAUUUCCGAGCCCCGCAGGAGCUGAACCAGCGCUCGGUGCUCUCCUCCUUCGCCAGGGGGCCACAGGGAUAUUCCACAGGUGGAAUCAUCGGCAUCAUCUUCGGCAUCAUCGCCUGCUGCGCCGGCCUCUUCCUCGCCGUCCGCUUUGGGGCCAAGAGGAUGCGGGAGAGGAGGGAGCAGGCACAGGACGUGGCGUUCAAAUCCUCCCCCCGGAGCUCGCCCACUCCCGCCGAGCCCUGACCCGGGCUGGGCUGGGCUGGGCUGGGCUGGGCUGGGAGGAGCCGACCCAGGCCAUCCCCCAGCCCCAAGGCAAAUAAAGCCCUUUCCCCCUCCUGGUGGCUCUUUGUGAGGAGGGAAGCGGCGCCUUUGAGGGGAUUUGGGCUGGAUUCUGUCACCCCCAAAAAACCAAAACACCCCAGGUGCCCCCCAGGGCUGGAGCAGAGCACAACAGGGGGAGCGGCCCCUUCUCCUCCCUCCCCUUCUCCCCAGCAGCCACAGUGUCCAGUGGUUUUGUAAAACGGUUUU